AUGUCGCUUCAGGAUGAUUGGCCCAAGAUGCCUGAUGGCAGCGACUUUGAUGGCCGGCAUCUGCUCACCUUGGUCCGCAAUGGUACCAGUCCGUUCCAUAACGAGUGGGAUGUAAACCUGCUCCUCCAGGAGAUUGAGGAGAAUCUCGGUGCCCAGGUGGUUGACAUUCCGUUCGUUUCCAGCGGCGCCAACAACUAUGCUGCGUGGCAAAAGGGAUUUCACCUCAAGUUGUCCAGCGGGAUGGACGUCGUAGCACGCUUAGGCCGUUGCGAUGUCAACACGCCAGAUUUCGAUGGCUUCCCGUUUCACAAGCAAGUUCCCUCGAUCAAAUUUCAGGCCGCGGUGUAUGAGCUCCUGCAGUCAGAGCCAGAUAUUUUGGCUUCUCGUCUGCUUUAUCAUCGUAUCCCCGUGCUACAUGAGGGCUCUAAGCUGGAGCGUCCCAAAGACAUCGCAGGCCGGCGCUUGCUUGUGUUCCAAAGAACAGAGGGAGAGGAUAACGUGUGGCGUAGCCUCAGCCCGGCUCAGAAGUCUUGCCUUCUUGCUCAGGCAGCUCACAUCCGCGCAUCGCUGUACAAAUUCCAAGUCCCGCCGGGGUUCGCUUCUCUCUGGCUCCGCCAACGUCUUUUCGAACAUAGGCCGGAGUCGUUUCCAAUUCCCGUUGCUCCCACCCGCGAGUUCUGCGUUGUCCUCUUUUCCUCCAAGAUCGAAGCAACUAUCGGGAACAUUGGUGACAUGAUUGCGUGGGAGUCUGACAACAGCACGGUCGGUCCAGUUGCAGCAGCAGCCAAGCAAUCACUCCUUCGCUUCAUCCCACAUAUGUUGCCUACAGGCGACGAAGACGUCUUGUACCGGUUCGUCCUUGAGCACGAUAUCGGUAUAAUCCUUAAGGAGCUAUUAUUACUUAGGAAAUCGUAG